UUUCAACAAAUGAACGAUAAAAAUGUUCCCGUUUGUUUAGUUUACAGGGGAAAUUUUGAAAAAUAGUAUGGUCAGACAUACAACUCGAACCCAAAUUCCCGAGUUUAGUAACUGCUUUUUAUUAAUUAAAUCAUUAUUAAGGUUGGAACACCGAAAAUCGAUUUACGGAAACAUACCGAAUAUUCAUGAGUGCUUUAUAAAUAUGUAUCUCGUCAUGAUUCAAUAAUGUCAAAAGUACGGUUUCGUUUUGGUUUGGAAUUAUAAUCAAGUGCUCAUUGCUAAUUGCAGUAACCAGAAACUUGAUCUAUGAAGUUAAAGGAUUUCAUUCUUAAGGUACUGAUCGCUUUCGCAGCGCUCUGGAUAUGUAUUCUGCUUGUUCUUACUUUGUGUUGGCGUUCAAAAAGGAUAGCUCAGCUAUAUUAUGCGGAACCGCAACACUGCUAUCAAAAUGAAGGUUCUAUCAUAGGCGAGAGCAAAGCAAGCUGGCUAAAAGAACUGAUAAUUAAAAAUGACAAGAAUACAAAGCAAAACAAGAACUGCGGUAAAGUCAGUACAAUGCUCGAAAGAAGCGUUAAACAGAUAAUAGCAGAAAAGUACAACAGCGAUACAAACCCAGAGUAUGUUUCACUCAGUCUAAAACAGUUUAAUUGCACAGAUUCGAAUAGAGAAGAAGCUCAAUUGCACCUGAAGCAAAUUACUUCUCAUGCUAAGCCAGUUCCAGGAAAAGCAACGAAAGUCUUUUGGAAGUCAGUUGUAAACUCAUGGAAUGGAGUACAUCAUUUACAGACAAAAGGCGCAAUUUAUGUACGCAAAUCAGGGAAGUAUUACAUAUCUUCUCAACUGACCACAAGAGCAGACAAUGCCACAAUCGACGAGAAAGAUCAGACGAUGAACCAUGUUGUAUACAUUAUCUCGUGCAACGAAGGCGGUGAGCGAAUUCUCCUAGAACACGUCAAAUCCAUGUGCGAAAUGGCUGUUGAACAUGCAGGUUGGACAAGUAACAUAGGAGCUGUCUUUCAUCUUGAAGAACAUGACCGAAUUUAUGUUGCUACUUCACACCCCUACAACAUUGUGUCUGGUCCUGGAAGUAAUCAUUUUAGUAUUCAUAAAACGUAAGAUUAAAAGGAGACAUUAUUUCAGGAAUUUCAGUGUCGAACAAGAAAGUGCAAUGAUCUACUUCUUGAAAUUUAUUAUGCAACUACUAUGAUAACUAUUUGCUAACAUUUGUCUGAUGUUUUGUUAAUACCCCCACCUCUCCCCCCUUUUGACGAAGGAAGUGUAUGUUGUUUUGCAGAUGUCGGUUGGUCUGUCGGUCGGCCCGUCGGUCAGUAGACCAAAAAGUUUCCGGAUGAUAACCAAAGAACGCUUGGGCCUAGGGAUCAUGAAAAUUGAUAGAAAAAUUGGUCAUGACAAGAAGAUGACCCUUAUUGAUUUUGAGGUUAGUAGGUAAAAGGUCAAGGUCACAGUGACCCGGAACAGUUAAACGGUUUCCUGAUGACAACUAAAGGACGCUUAGGCCUGGGAUCAUGAAAGGUGAAAAGGAGGUUGGUCAUGAUCAGCAAACAAUCCCUAUUGAUUUUGAGGUUAGUAGGUAAAAGGUCAAGGUCACAGUGACCCGGAACAGUUAAACCGUUUCAGGGCGAUAACUUGAGAACGCUUUGGCCUAGGAUUACGAAACUUAAUAGGGAUGUUGAUCACGACCAGCAAUGCUCGCUAUUGAUUUUGGGGCCAGUAGGUCAGAGGUUAAGGUCACAGUGACCCGGAACAUUUAAACGUUUUCCGGAUGAUAACUUAAGAACGCUUGGGCCUAGGAUCACGAAACUUGAACGGAAGGUUGAUUAUGACCAGCAAAUGACCCUUAUUGAUUUUCAGGUCGAAUGUCAAUGUCAUAGUGACCCGGAACAGUUAAACCGUUUCCGGACGAUAACGUAAGAAUGCUUGGGCCUAAGAUCACGAAACUUAAUAGGGAGGUUGAUCAUGACCAGCAGAUGAUUUUAAGGUCAGUAGGUCAAAUGUUAAGGUCAUUUUGACCCAGAACAGUAGAACAUUUUUGCCAAAUAACUAGAUAAUUCUUUUGUCUAAGAUCAAAUUUGAUACGAGGUAAGUUAUGACUCGUUAAUGACCCAUAAUUAUUGGUUUGACGUCAAACAUCCAGUGCACAGUGACCAAAUAAUUUCUGUGGCCAAAUAAUUUCUGUUCCGUUUGCAGUUACUGAAUGCUUCAAGGGGGCGGGGUGGGGGCAUUUCGUGGUCUACGAGCUCUAGUAACGUCAAUGACCUGACAACAAACAUUGGCCCGCCCAUGACAAACUAGUUUUUACAUCAGUUCCAGUCAGAAUUUAAUUUAAUGUAAUUUUUAAUAUUGUGUAACUGUUUUUCUUACACAACUAGUCUGUCUUCAUCCUUAUAUAUGAAAUACUAUGCCCCAAGAAUAAUGUGAUGUUUACAAACGUAACUCAAAUAAAUUGAAAUGAAGCAUAGGGAAUUCAAUAUUUUUGUAACUGGUCAAAAUGUAAAUUUUCUUGCUUGCAUACUAAUUACAAAGUAGCUCAGUAGUAAAGCAUACUGAUUACGUUCCUCAGAUCUUUUUGCCGUGUGGGUUCGAAAUUCGUGGCAGUUCAUUUUCUUUUUUUCUUUGCAUAAAAAGAUUCCUUUAUUUUCACUAUUACACAAUGAUAGAAAUAUCUGAGGCCGAUCUUUUUAGCCUAUGUGUUAGAUAGAGGUCCAUGAAACUGCCCUAGUGAAGAAACUACACGUAGACUACCUUUGUAUAUUCACAUUUAAGAACAACGUGGCGUAACAAUAUCAUUUGAUAUUGUUUGACCUGAUAUGAUUAAAUAAACGAAAUAUAAUACGAUACUGCAAUCUCACAUCUGUUUAAACUUGACGUUUAGAUGUUUAACGUAUUUUGCUGUCUACUAUCAAAUUACACGAGGUGACGAAAAAGGACUCCUUUCUUGAUAACUAAAUAAAGAAACGUCAGUUUAAUCACAGUAAUUAGAUACAACUAGUAAUAGUUCCACUUGUGCAUACAUCUUAUCGGAGAAAACAUUUGCCAUUCCUCUUUAAAUUAAAUUUUCUACAAUGUACAUAGUGCUGGAAUCCCUCUGCCAUUUGAUAGCAGACAACAAAAUAUAACAUCUGAUAUAAAAUCGUAGCAGAUGUUACAUUGCGGUCUCGUGUUAUAUCACAUCUUCAUUAGUUUUUUUUUCUUUCUUCAACUUUUUGUCAUUCUUUAUUGAAAUAGACUUUUUUGUUUUGUAUUAUUUUUUGUAUCAUCAUUCUCUGUAUAACAAUAUAUGUUUAUACUAAGUUCUAGAUCCAUCUGUUACCUUAACCUACUCUUGGGGGAGAGCCGUCGCUGAUGUUGGGAAAACUUGUGGCCCAACCCUUUUGCUUCUGAUUUCAAUGUAUACAUUACUUAACAUGCUUUUCUAAUUUUCAUUAAUCUAUGUUAAAAUAACGCAUGUGUUUAUUUUUAUUAUAAACAUGUGUUGAUUCGUUUGCAAUAAAAUAUGUUAAAACUGA